AUGACACGUCGUCCUGCCGAAGUGUCGGCGGUAUGUACGUACGCGCUCGAAGCUGUCGUGACGUUGAAGCACAAGUGCAGUGGAGAGCCGCAGCGUGAGCCGCAGCGUGAAGAAGCAGAAGCAGAUGGGAAGAGGGACGUCGAGUGUUGCCGUCUGCUGGAAGACGGCGAGACGAGAACAGGUGCAGUGGAAGAGCAGCAGCAGCAACAGCAGCAGAUGGACAUUGCGGGGGCUGUGGAUGUUCAAGAGCCAGUGAGGAAACGCGUGCGGUUCAACGUGGCCGAAGUCGUGGAGUUUGAGCCCACGAUGUGGACCGCAGCGGUCUCGUCGGAAGGUGUACCGCUUGGCAUGUCGGUGGACGUCCGACGGCGGACGAAGCGGCUUGUUGAUACGUACGAGAGUGAGCGUGUCGAGCAGCGGGUCGGCCGGCAGGAGUACAUGGAGUUGGGGUACUUGGAACCUGGCGAGCGGCUGGACAUUCUCGAGAACGCUGGCCACUCGAUCUCGGUAUUGAGUCGCGUAGAGCACGACACGUUCCGUAUCAAUCGCGAGCGAUGGGAGUCGAAUGAGUACGACCUCAUGUACCAGUACGGCUUGGGCGACGUACCACUGCUGAUGAUGGAGGAAGACGAGCCGAGUAUGUUGCAGCCAGAGGAUGGGGACGACAUUAUGCUGGUGGACGACAGCAGCGACGACGACUUUUUCUUUGGCAGCAGCAGCGCUCGGAAUAUGGCUGUGGACUCGGAAGUACGCUUUGCAAUGGAGAACAUGGACGCGUACGACGCUGUCAACAUGCGAGCGUAUGACGACUUCAGCAUUGACUACGCUUCGGACUGCAUCUUGGGCGACGACGAUAGCUCGGACGAGAACAACGAGCUGCCCUACGCCAUUGACUCGUUCGAGUCGCCACACGACUGUGACUUGCUGGAGAUGGGCACAUCGCCGUCUGAUGUCUCGAAUUCGUCGGACUGCAUGCUGGCCGGCGUAAAGCCUCCCAGUUGUGCCCAGUUGUUUGCUAGUUCCACGCCCAGUGCUGGUCGACUGACCGAGUCGAGCAGUUCAGUCAUUGCAGCCGAAGCAGCUCCCGUCGUCGCGGUGUAG